AUGUUGUGUUCACGUACUAGUAAACUUCUGAAUCCGGUUAUCUUUAACCGUUCCACACGUCUUUUCAGUAGUGCCUCUAUUGCUUUGCAAAAAUUUCGUGCUGAACGUGAUACCUUUGGUGACCUUCAAGUUCCUGCCGAUAAAUAUUGGGGAGCCCAAACACAAAGAUCGUUACAAAACUUCAAUAUUGGCGGUAAGAGUGAACGUAUGCCCGAAGCUUUGAUACGUGCCUUUGGUGUAGUCAAGAAGGCGGCUGCAACUGUCAAUAUGACCUAUGGUUUAGACCCUAAAUUAGGUGAAGCUAUUCAGAAAGCUGCUGAUGAAGUUAUUGAUGGUACUUUGAUUGAUCAUUUCCCGCUUGUUGUUUGGCAAACAGGAUCUGGUACGCAAACCAACAUGAAUGUGAAUGAAGUUAUCUCUAAUCGUGCUAUUGAACUUUUGGGUGGUGAACUUGGCUCUAAAAAACCUGUUCAUCCCAAUGAUCACGUUAAUAUGAGUCAAUCUUCUAAUGAUACUUUCCCUACCGCUAUGCACGUUGCUGCUGUGGUAGAGAUUACACAUCGUCUUUUACCCGCACUUACUAACUUACGUGAUAGCUUGGAUUCCAAGUCCAAAGAAUUUUCCCAAAUUAUCAAGAUUGGACGUACUCACCUUCAAGAUGCAACACCUUUGACUUUGGGACAAGAAUUUUCAGGUUACACACAGCAAGUUAGUUAUGGUAUUGAACGCGUUCGUUCAUCUCUUGAUCGACUUUACAAUUUGGCACAGGGAGGUACUGCUGUUGGUACAGGUCUUAACACUCAUAAAGGUUUUGAUGUCAAGAUUGCUGAAGCUGUUGCCAAGAUUACCGGUUUACCCUUCAAAACAGCCCCUAACAAGUUUGAAGCACUUGCUGCUCAUGAUGCUAUCGUUGAAGCUCAUGGAGCACUCAAUACAGUUGCUGUAUCUCUUAUGAAGAUUGCAAAUGAUAUUCGAUUCUUGGGGUCAGGUCCACGAUGCGGUCUUGGAGAAUUAUCUUUGCCUGAGAAUGAACCUGGAUCUUCAAUUAUGCCUGGUAAAGUAAACCCUACACAAUGUGAAGCAAUGACGAUGGUCUGUGCGCAAGUUAUGGGUAAUAAUACAGCUGUAUCUAUUGCUGGUGCCAAUGGACAUUUUGAGCUUAAUGUUUUUAAGCCUGUAUUGAUCAAAAACUUGAUUCAAUCUGUUCGCUUGCUUUCAGAUGCAUCCACCUCUUUUACCAAGAACUGUGUUGUUGGUAUUAAGGCCAAUGAACAUAAAAUCAACAGCAUUAUGAAUGAAUCAUUAAUGUUAGUAACUGCUUUAAAUCCCUAUAUUGGUUAUGAUAAGGCUGCUCAAUGUGCAAAGAAAGCUCAUAAGGAAGGUACAACCCUCAAAGAGGCUGCUAUGUCUCUUGGUUAUUUAACAUCUGAAGAAUUUGAUCAAUGGGUUAGACCUGAAAAUAUGAUUUCAUCCAAAAACUAA